AUGAUUGAUUCAGUCAAUCUCGUGUCUGCACAGAUCUCUCUGCUGGAACCCCGACUCGCGUUGAUCCAUAUUCCCAUCGAGCUAUAUUCCCUCUUCCUGCAACCCAUCCUGCAGCUCCUCUUCGGGGAAGACCACGAUGAGGACGCCGCGUCCGUACCGUGGACGAACCGCCAUGAAUUCCUGAACGUUUCAAUCACCCCGGAGGGCUGUUCCGUGAUAUGUACACGGUAUUUGGCGGAUAAGUACAUGGUUCCGAUAAAACGCCAGUACGAGAAUAUAGCUUCAGGCGUCGAGAAUUUCGAUGAAGACUAUAUAGUCAUCCAGGUCGACGGUCAAGGUCUCGAUGCGGGACAGAGGGUGCUAGAGCUGACCUCACCCUUGGCAAUGGCCGGCAUAUCCAUUUUCUUCAUCACGACAUACUUUUCGGACUAUAUUCUGGUGCCCUCGCGCGCGCGCCGGACCGUCACCAAGGCACUCGAGCAACGAGGCUUCGUCUUCUCUCAGUCCGUGGAUGCAUUCGUGUCUCAGCUGUCACCAACACUGCCAUUUACAGGCCAUCAUGAGCGAGUGCCUUCAUCACCGUCGAGCGUCGGCAAUGGCAUACCGUCAACACCGCCGGCCAAAGACCUUCCAGAGCUUCAGCGGCGAACCUUCACCAAGCUCAAGAAAAGCAACAUCGUUCCGUACGUCGAUCGCGAGCUCCGCUUGAUCAACUGUGCGGGAAACUGUGAUGACGCUGCAGCUCAAGAGACGUUGAAAAACGACCUUUUGCAGGUCCUCUUGUCCACAUCGCCAACCAAAUUGAAACGGAAAUGCCCGGGGAAGCAAGCAAACGGCAACGGUGUCGGUCAUGGCAGCGUGUCCGAUAACUCAUCAUCGUUCAUCUCCAUCACAAUCACGGGCAACGAACCAAUCUCCAUCUUCCUCGAAACCCGCCUGCUCGAGCGCCUGGGAAAGACGCUGCUUGGUGCGAACACGCCUGACCCGGAGAACACACUGGUUCCCAUCACCUUCGACUUGCAAGCACUGCCGAUGGAAGCCACGGGUAUCGUAUGCGGCGUGGCAGGAUGUCUUGCGGCCGGAAAUACCGGUGCGAGCAAGGAGCUCGGACAGAAACGAGAGGAAUGCGAUGGCGCGUUGGACAUAACCUUCUUAAGCACGGCUAAGGCUGGAACGGUGCUGGUCAAGGAGAGCGAUUUGGAUCGAGCCAUAGCGGCGCUUGAUUUCGGCAUACGGGAGGUUGAGGUGCUUGCGUAG